AGCUGAAGCUACUGCUCCUCAGUCUCACUCUUCUUCUUUGAAUCUGAAGCUGAAGGCUUUAUUCAGAAGAUGGUCUUAUUAGGUUCACUUGGCUGGAGGUGGGUUUUACAUAAUUAGGAGGAAAAGAAGAACCAUUCUAAGAAUCAAAGAUAAAAGUUGUUUGAGAUUUGAGAUUGGGGUUUUAGGGGGGAACCAAACAUGGCGAGUGUGAUUAUGGCCCCAACCUUGGGCUCAUUCUCUGUAAACAGAAGCAGCAGAGAUUGCAGCAAAUGGAGUAGUACUAAUGGGAAACGCAGUGGUCUAACGGUGAAGGCAAUGCGGGUGGAGAAAAGUCUGGAGGAAUUGUAUGAAGUUAGAGUCGAGCGCAAAGUGUCGCCUGAACGAGUAGCAGAGCUUGGAGUUUCAAGGUGGUCAACAUGGAAGACCGGCAAGUGCAAGUUGCCGUGGGACUGGCAGGUGGACCAGCUGGUUUACAUUGAGGAAGGAGAGGUAAGGGUUGUGCCGGAAGGAAGCAAGAAGUUCAUGCGAUUUGUGGCUGGAGAUCUUGUUCGUUACCCCAAGUGGUUUGAAGCUGACCUAUGGUUCAAUGGUCCAUACCAAGAGCGUUACAGUUUCAGAGCAUAUGGAGAUGAUUAAUAGACUUGUAUUACAUAUUUUGACAUGAUAUAUAUGUGUACUCUUGCCUGCUUUUAAUGGUUUUGCCAGA